CGCUGGCUGCAUUAUUUUUUUAAGUGCAUCCGUGCUAGAAGCUCAGAGGGAUAUUCUGUGGAAGAGGUGGAGAGGUGGAGAAACUCUCUGGUUAGGCAUGAGAUGUUUUUGGUUUUAAGACACACGCUUGUUAGCAUUAUAUUUUCCAUAGAUAGAGUUUUUGUCUUUUUAUCUUCAUUGUUGUGUAUUUAUAAGAAAUAUUUUUUAUAUUUUUUUGUUUCCCGAUUUAAAGAAGUGUUUGUUUCUCUUCCCUUCAGUGUCUACUUCAGAAUUUGUUCAGAGUGCAAUGCAAAUUGUGCUCUAUCAGCAGUAUUUGUGGCAUAAUGUAAUGUACCACAGGAAAUGGGUUUGACUCAUUCCUUAGUUGCACGUAUAAAGGCGGCAAGAAACAUGGAAACAGUAAGGCACACAUAAAGUAAAUAAAUAUUUUUUGAAGUAUGAAGAAAAUUACUUGUAUAAUACUUCCUACUUCAAAAAUUAAUGAAUUGAUUAAAAGUGUUAGAAUUAGUCUAAAAAGAACCGUUCUUUUAUCCUUGAGCACAACACAUGAAAUAUACUGGGUAUAACCGCUUUUGUCAUGGCAUGAUAGAUAGAUACAUAAUACACCUUGUGUAUUACUUAUUUAUUAUUAAUAUUACAUGAAAAUAAAACCACCAGUAAUGCCACAAAUGCUAUCAGUAGAGUUGAACUUAUAUUGAUCCAGAACAUUCUUUUAAUGCAAAUGAAAUGUUUCUUAGUAAACUGGCAUCAUUCGAUCUACGCUAGAAAUAUGGCCUAACUCUUACUGUAACAGUUCCAUAAAAGUAUAUAAACACUGUGCUUUAUUGCUAGUUGUAAUUACAGUGCAUUUGUCCAGAAAUAUUUCCAGGGACCAAGUUAAACAGAGUCCUGAAACACUGUAAUUAGGGUGAGGUUUAUUGACUCCUUUUCAUUGAAUAACAGGAGAGAUGAUAGAGUGACAGAAAAGAGACCACAGAGGACGAGUGCUCCUGGCAGUGGAGAGAGAUGGAGGCGGGGCUGUAUCUGAGCCGUCUGGCUCUCGUACACAUGACAUCACUAUUACCCAGUGGGAGUGUUCCGCCUUUUCUGGUGAUGUCACUUCUGCCCAAUCAGAAGCCGCUGUAGUGAUGCUGCAGUGAAGACAGUCAGCCAGUGAAAAGACUAGCUUUGAGAGCAAAAGGUGUUUUAUGCACGCCACAUGAACAGCUGUGCCCUUGUCCUUCUCAUCUACCAACCGGCUUCACUGACCUAGUUCUUUCUGUUUUGUUGCUCAGCCAUUUCGAAGACUAGCACAACAUUGGAGCCUACUGUGAUGUUUUACAAGGUUCUGGAUAUUGUUUAGCAAGUGCUUAUUUAUUUAUUAGCUUACUAGAACCUUAAACCUUACAAUUAGCCAGCAGCUCUGAACACAAUCCGUGUUAGUCUGAAACAAACUAUAUUUUCAUGGCUGUGAAUUGUCACCUUUGAAAUGAUUCAGACAUGCAGGAAUGAGCAUUACAGUGUGAAUCAUUUACAUGUGAUGAAUCCAUUUAUUUGUAGACAGUACUGUAUUAAUCUGGAGUUCAAGAGGUGAUGCCUGUUUAUUGCUCAUUUGCAUUAAUCGUUUUUCGCUGACUGUAGAAUGGGCCUUGUUUUUUUAGCAGCAUCUGUAGGUUGUUUAUCUGUCCAAGAUCAAUGCAAAUUCCUGACAUGCAAGUUUGCACAACAUCUUAAAUGACAAGAGACAAGUUUAGGGUUUGUAUCAACAUCAGCUCCAAUAAAUUGUGAAUAACAUUAACCAAAUAGUUAUUUAUUUUUAUCUAUAAUUUCCUAAUAGCAUGAUUAAAAUUUAAGCCUGUUUAAACCUCAAUGCAACUUUGUUUUCUCCAUUACUGUCUGUACUUCACCCUGUUUACAUCAGUUGCUUCUUAAGUCUGAAGAUUUCAUUUGUCUAAGCCUCUUUUGGGUGCUUUGGCCUUUUUGACCAUGAUGUACUUGUGGUCCUGUGUGCCAUAUGUCCAUAUAUAAACUUGAGAUCCUUUUAGGAGACUUGAUUAGUGCUGCUGCAUUUCUCAGAUCACACACAUUUUAAGCUCUGUUCCCUCCAGAUACAUGUGAUUGCAGAAAUAGAUUGACUUGCUUUGAGCUUCAAAACCUCAAUUCUAGUGGAUUAGCAUUUUCUGUUUGAUCAAUGAUACUAAAGCCUCAGAAGUAGGUAGAGUGACAUUGAUCGCUCCGUUUCCUGAGGUCGACCGAACACUUGUACAUAAUUGACUUGCAUUUACCAUAUUUUCCAGUUGUAUUUUAACAUAAAUUGCACUGGGUAAAAAAAAAAGCUUUAUUGCAUUCUUGUAUUACUAUAUUCAGAAAUAAAAUAAAAUCUGUAUAUUUUAGGACAUUGUACUUAACAACAAUUCCUUUAAAUUUACUGAAACUUCCAGCGUAUGGAAUAGCGCUUGGAAUAAGUCACAGCACAUUAACACGCUAUUAUGUUUUCAGCUCUUAUGCUAAGAGCUAAAUGUAUACCUUUGAAUUUAUUUAUUUACUUUUAUCCGUUGCCACAAAGGCUGCAUAUGAUUUAGGAUCCAAACUUGGAUUUGUUUUACAUGCAAAUCUGUAUUUGUAUAUCUUUUAUGUCUUGGCCUCCCUUCACCCUUCUUACUGAGAUUAUGGCAGCCUCUCCCAGGAAAACAGAUUAUGGAAACAGCCAGACCUCUAAGGAUUAUAAAGCACUGUACGGUCUCUAUACAAACUGGGAAUGGGAUUGAUUCCCUUAAUUUGAAUGACUGUGUCAUUGCCAACUCCAGGUGUCCAGUCCCUCAGCAAAGCAUUUCAAUCCAGUUUUACAGUCUCAAGUGCUUUCACAUAAACACUAAGCAUAAUCCCCUAUGCUUUGGCCCUGGUGUGUGGUGGUAAAGUGAGGGCCACUGCCUUAAACUGUGUUGAUUCCCUCCUCCACACACAGUACAUCCUCUUUUCUCCUCCCCCUCCCUCUCCCUCUCACCCAGUGUGUAGGCUGCUUUAGGAUAAACCGGAGCACGCAUGGUGGCGAUCGUUGCGUUUUACAGGGGAACUGGUUCCUCUUUUGGGAUGGGGACGUUGAACGAUCACGUUCUAUUGGACUAAAACGGGCUGCGGAUGAAGGGAGGACGCAGUGUCUCCAAUGCAUUCGGCUAGUUAAAUCUGAAUGUACCGUGCGUCUGUUGUGUCAGCGCAGUGCCAUACCGAGAGGCUACUGUAAAAUAAACGUGGGCAUCACGCAUUGAAUUGAGUAAACAACCAAUGACAUGUUCGAUACAGCCAGUAACUCUCCACGCAGUACUCCCGGCAGCUCGCCCUCCCUGCGUCGCCGUGUACUGGGAGGAAGAGCCAGUGAAGGAGAGACGGGUGUGGACAGAAGUGGAGGGGGUUCAGAGAGCCCCCUGCCUCCCACUCCCACCUCAUCCACCUCCUCCUAUCCGCUCGCGGCCCGACACUUCACCCGCAAUGCCAAGAAAAUGCAGAGCUGGUAUAAUGUUCUGAGCCCUACGUACAAACAGAGGAAUGAAGACUUCCGUAAACUCUUUAAAAAGCUUCCUGAUACCGAGCGUCUCAUAGUGGACUACUCAUGUGCACUGCAGAGGGACAUUCUACUCCAGGGCCGUCUCUACCUGUCUGAGAACUGGCUCUGCUUCUAUAGUAAUAUCUUCCGAUGGGAAACUACGAUAACCAUACUGCUGAAAGAUGUGACCAGUCUGACCAAGGAGAAGACGGCCAAGCUCAUCCCUAACGCCAUCCAGAUAAGCACUGAACAUGAGAAGCACUUCUUCACAUCAUUUGGGGCAAGGGAUCGCAGCUUCAUGAUGAUCUUCAGACUGUGGCAGAAUGCACUGAUGGAUAAGACUCUGUCUCCUAAAGAGCUUUGGCACAUCGUUCACCAGUGUUACGGCACUGAGCUGGGGCUUACUAGUGAAGAUGAUGACUACGUCUCCCCUACUGCUGAACAUAUGAACGGCCUGCUGCCAGGUGAGGAGCCGGUCUCCGUCACUGACCUGCUGGAUCUGGGAUCAGUGCCGGUGGCUCCGGUGGACUCCUCUCCACCCUCAUCUGCCUCAGUUCUUCCCUGCGCUUCAGGAUCUACACCUCCAUCCUCCGCUUCCUUUUCCUGCCAGCCUGUGGAGGUGCCGUCAGUUCGGACCAGCAUCGAGCCUGAACCCAGUCCACCCAGCUCCCAGAGCUCACUGCUCCCCACCACAAACACUGGAACUGCCCCAUCGUCAACUAUCUUGGAGGAAGGCGGGGACAGCCAGUCGGAAUCGGCCAAUCAGUCGCUUCAGUCUCCUCCCAGUGUCCCACACAGCCUGGGAAACCUCUCCUCACUGGAUAUGACCAAUGAUGAGGAGCUCCCAACUGACCCCAGCAAUUCCUCUGACACUCAGGAAGAGAGUGAGGUGGAGUCCUUCUGUACGGACCUCAGGGGCCGGCUGCAUAUCAACACAGUUGUUCGCAUGAGCGUGGACAAGCUCCACGAUCUUCUGUUCUCAGACACUCACUUCAUACAGCACCUCUUCUCACAACGUCACUUCACUGAUCUUUCUGUGCACGAGUGGCAGCAGGACAGCAGCAGUGGGAACAGCAGUAGAGUUCUGAGUUACACCAUCGCCAUCAACAACCCGCUGGGCCCAAAAACUGCUCCUGUGGUGGAAACGCAGACUCUCCACAAGAGCAGCACCCGUGCGGAGUGUUACGUGGUGGACUCAGAGGUCAUAACCUCAGGCAUCCCUUACCAGGACUACUUCUACACUGUACACAGAUACUGCCUCACCUCUGUCAACAAGCACAAGAGCCGCCUCAGGGUCUCGUCUGAUAUCUGCUACAGGAAACAGCCGUGGAGUCUUGUGAAGGCUCUGAUAGAGAAGAACACUUGGAGCGGCAUUGAAGAGUAUUACAGACACAUGGAGAUGGAGUUGUGUAAGCUGGAGACGCUGCUACAGUCGGAGAUUUCUGUAGUGAGUACCGGGGAAGGGCCUUCUGCAGACUCUGCCAAGACGCCACCCGGCCUGCGCAGACGCAAACGCAACUGUCCCAGACGAGCAGGAGACCGGGAGAGAGAAAGAGAGGGAACGGGAGCGGGAGGAGCCGGGGAACGGGGCGACCGAGGAAUUGGAGUUGAGCGUGAAAGGAGAGAAGCUGGUGCUCAGUAUGUGAAAUUAGGGGAGAGGUGGCGUGGAGCUGGCAACAGCAACAAUAGCAUCUCCACCGUCCUGCUCAUCGUCAGCUUCAUGAUCUGUGUCAGUCUGGUGGUCCUGGUGGCUCUGAACAUGAUGCUCUUUUAUAAACUCUGGGCGCUCGAACGGGCCGCACACACGCUGGAGACCUGGCACUCGUACUCUUUAACAGACAGUCCUCUGCCGCAGACAGCAGGAGAGUGGGUGCAGAUCCUGCAGCUCCAGAGGCAGUUCCACCAGGCCCAGAUGAACAAAUGGCAGCAGAUCCUACAGUCUUCUGUCACACUUCUGGAUCAGAUGAAACAGUCUCUGGAGAAGCUCCACAGAGGGAUUGUCACACCAGAGGUGCAGCAGGAGUCUGAAUCAGAAGCAGAAACUCUGACGGAUCAUCAGUGAGAGCGUACGGUAACCCCUUCAUCCUACUGUUUACAGACACACGGGUCCCUGUGACAUAGCCGUCCACCAGGGCCCAAAUCAUGGACGGGAGAUGGUGCUCAACUCAGUGACAUUAGCAUUGGGAUCUUUUAUCUUACCCAAGUGUCCCAACAGCAGCUGCAGGACUUUAUACUAGCUGCAUAAAACACAUUCAACUCUUUUCUCAAUCAGAACAUCAUGAACUCUGGGUCUGAAGCAAUAACACACACAUACGGGAGCGUCGGUGACUUCAGCUGUGCUGCAUCUCGAGCCGUUCGGUCCUACUGCGUGUCUGAAAAAGCUGAACACGAGCUUUUAUAAAACUGAAUUUCAUCAUGGACAUUUCAUUAAAGAGCUGUUAAAGAUUUCUAAGAGGGAAGUGUCUGAAAUCAGCCUCUCAGCUGGUCAUUUCACAUGUUAUUUUAAUGUGCUCAUGGAAGAGACAUUUCAGUUUUCUCUUGUUAUGUUCCUGUUUUGCUGAUUUCAGAACUGUACUUAUUUAACAGUAUUUAUUUCAUAGACUUGAAUUACGGUCUAACAUCAUUGUGUGUUUCUGCUUAAACGGGGACCAGUGUGGAAAUGGGUGGAACAAGUGGUAUUAACAUGAAUUCCCUUUUUAGCAAUAAUCAUGUGGAAAAAUUGUAAUGACAAUUAAAAGUCAGUCUACAAGAAAGAAUGCAAAAAAAAAAAAAACAUCAACUGUUACUUUGGGUUGAGUUUCAGAGUGAAGAUUGUUUUUACACACUGUUACAAUUUUAACCAUUUCUUCUUUCUCCAGAAUAUUUAAGUUUUGUUUUUGUUUGUGUAUUUAUGGCUUGAGGUGAAAUGAGCUCUUUUGUGUAGUUGAGGUGUCGAGAAACUUGUCGAGUGUCACUGGAAUCAAACGUGAACUGUUCAGGGUUACUGUUAGCUUGAGCAGCUGAGCGUGCACACAGAUGCAAGAACUUCUCAGACUGGACGUUUGGGACCAACCAGAACUCAAGAUCAGGAGGACUGUUGUGAGUUCACUCAACACUGGGCCAGUUCCAUACAGAACAUGUCUGUGUGUUUCACCUCAAAAUCAAAAGAGAUUCAAAUGUUUUUUCUUCUUUUUUCAUUGUGCCAGUUUCAUGGCAGUUAAGAACCCUUCACAAUUUGUAUUUUUUUUAUUAAUUUUGUCUCUGAUUUUUGCUAAUGUAAUAUUGAAAAUCAUCCUGUGCAGACAAUUAUUAUUUUACAUUAAAAUUAGCAUCAUUUAGAAACAAUAAAACAAAUGCUGUCAGGUGGUAUAAAUAAAAUAUAUUAUUUUAUUAUCCUCAGUAAUGGGAAUUGAAAUGUCUAAAUGCAGAAAAAAAAGUAUUGAUUUUAAUGUUACAUAUGAUGUGCAUGUUCUUUGUUAGAUUCACCAAUUUUUUUUCUUUCCUUUUUUCAUCAGUUUCAUUUGGACAGUCUGUUACUGAUGUCCCCUGUCAAGUCAUUUCAUUUCUGUCCCUGUAUUUGUGGCCUCGCUCUGUCGUGCUCUUCAGCCUCAGUGAUCUCCCUCUCCUCUGAGUCCAUCUGUCUGUCUGUCUGUCUGUCUGUCUGUCUGUCUGUCUGUCUGCCUGCGGGCGCUGCUGUGCAAAGCCCUUACUGACUGAUGAAAGCGAGUGCUAUUUAUUUGGGUCAGAGAGGGAGAGAGCGAAGCUGGGAUGUAUUGUAUAGACACGAUUGCAAAGGCGACUUGUGACGGUCACAAAUGUUUAAUAAAAAAAAUGGC